AUGCCAUCCCGCCAGCCAACAUCGCCUCCGCGCAUCACCAAAUUCACAAACUGUCGCACUCUCAAAGCCAACCGACUCGUCGAACAAGACCUAUGGAUCGAUUCGCUAACCGGCAAAAUCCUCAAGGACCAGGAAGCCUUUUAUGAACUUCAACUUUCGCCAGAUCAAGUCAUUGAUUUAAACGGCCGCAUUCUCGCACCGGGUUUUAUCGAUGUACAACUCAACGGUGCCCAGGGGUUUGAUUAUUCUGUUCCUCAAGCUACAAAGGAGGAAUACGAUGCGGGCUUUAUCGCUUCCAAUAGAGGGCUGAUCAAGACCGGUGUGACGUCUUUCCUACCGACGACUGUGAGCACGACUGCGGAAAAUUACAAACAGGUUCUCCCGUCGCUCGCGCCUACUGGGAAACGGAAUCCGGAAGAUGGCGCGGAGUCUCUGGGAGCACACGUUGAGGGUCCCUUUAUCAGCCCCUCGCGAAACGGGAUUCAUAAACCCGAGGUUCUGCUAGCUUCGACACAAGGGUUCCAGGAUAUCAUCAACUGCUACGGACUCGAAAACAUCCCCGACGUCAUCCGCAACGUCGACAACAACGAUAUCGCCGACGAAGACGCCGCAACACCCACGCCCGCAACCCCAAUCGCCAAAUCUCUGCAAAAAGGCAUUCACGCAAACGGCUUCGUCAACGGCCACGGCCGCCACAACAUCUCCCGCGGAUCAACUAGACCAGCAAUCAAAAUGAUCACCGCCGCCCCCGAAGUAGGUACCAUGAUCAAAAACAUCCCUGACCUCGUCUCGCGCGGCAUCAUUUAUUCCAUCGGCCACUCCGACGCAACCUACGAACAAGCCAUGAGCGCCGUGGACCAAGGCGCAAUGAUGAUUACCCAUUUAUUCAACGCCAUGCGCCCGUUUUACCACCGCAACCCCGGCGUUUUCGGUCUGCUGGGACAAAGCGAUUUACCGAAACCGUAUUUCGGGGUUAUUGCUGAUGGGAUUCAUUUACAUCCUACUUCGAUCAAGAUUGCGUACAAUGCACAUAGCGAGGGUCUCAUUCUGGUGACGGACGCAAUGCGUCUGUGCGGUUUACCAGAUGGUGUGUAUGACUGGACGAAUGGUGACAGGAUCAUCAAGAAGGGCGUUCGCCUGACACUCGAAGGGUCCGACAAGAUCGCCGGUAGUUCAGCGACUUUAAUCGAAUGCGUCAACAACUUCAGACGCUGGACCAAUGCAACCACAGCCGAGGCUCUAAAUGCGGUAACGUUUACGCCGGCGAAGAUGUUGGGUAUGGAAAAGGUCAAGGGCACGCUGGAUCAUGGCGCUGAUGCGGAUUUGGUGGUGUUGGGGGAGACGGUUGAUUCGUAUAGUGGACCGAGUUUGACGGUGGAUCAGGUGUGGAAGUUUGGAACGAAGGUGUUUGAUUCAGAGGAGUUGUAG